AUGCGGUCUCUCACCGUAGUCUUUUUCAGCUUGCUCUGUGCAUCCGCCGUUUCAGCAGAUCCUCUCGACGAUGCUAUAGCACUCUUCAAACGACAAAAUGUCCCAUUGUCUACUGGCAGUUCCGACACCAGCAGUUCCACCACUCCAACUACCUCUCCGACCAGUAGCGACGACGACGACUCGACCACUACUACUGUUACGAGCGAUACCACCUCUGCCACCACGGAGACCACAUCCUCUACAAUCACCCUUCCCCCAACCUCAUCGUCCUCGGUGACUGUGAUCACGUCGACAUCCACACGUACUCCUUCCUCCUCUUCCUCCUCUGACGAUGACAGCACUUCGGACCAGUCCACCUCCACGGAGACUAGCACAUUUACUCCAUCAAGGACUUUGAUUACUACAAGCUCGCUCCAAGAGGUCAUUACCACAAUCACAAGUGUCAGCGAAGGGAGCACCGUCCAUCUUACCAGCACCGGUAGCAGCCUUGUUCCAGUCACAACCAGUGUUGAUCCCGCUUCCCUGACGGGUGGAGGCGGCAAAGGCGGCAGUUCGGGUCUCAGCGAUACAGCCAAGGCAACCAUUGGAGGUGUGGUGGGCGGCGUUGGUGGUGCUCUGUUGCUUGCUGGAUUGGCAUACACCGCCUGGAGGAUUUGGGGUAAGAAGAAGAGCCUUCACGACGACGAUCUCUACGACCCCAAUCUCAACCAAGACAAACUCAGCGGCACCACAGGGUCUGAUUCUACGCCGUUCCGUUCCACGCUGGAUCAAUACCAUUCUCCCGGACCUGUCAACACCGCGUCAAACUUUUAG